CAGAUAAAAGAAAAUACUCCUUCACUCUGCAUUUUGAAUAGAAAACAGUCAAUGUGGCAGGUAGAGCUUCUUUUUUCUCCUACAGAGACUUUAAAAACAAUUACAAUCUUGAUGAUUUGACUGGAAAGAACUUCAAAAUGCUCAUUAAACACAAAAACCUGACAUGGACACUAAUGCUACUGUUUCUGCCUGACGUUCUCUGCAACAUGUUGAAAGUGGAAUAUCAACAGCAACAUAUCUGCGCAGUGAAAGGCUUGUCUGCUGUCAUACAAUGUUCAUUUUACCACACUGACAACCUGAGAAUAAAGAGAGUCCAGUGGGGUCGUGUAAAGAAUCAUGGUUCUAUUUUUGACGGCAAGGUCAUCAAGACCUCCCCAAGAUUUCAGUAUAUCGGUGACAAACAUCACAAUUGCUCCUUAAAAAUACGGCAAGUGAACCAUGAUGACAAAGGAUUAUACACCAUCAGAUUUUUUACUAGCAAUAAAAAGGUCUGGAGGCCUAGUAAAGCUGGCCCAACAUUAAAGGUUGUUGAUUUAAAUAUUUUGGUGACAAAAUCUCAUGGAAAUGAAACAGUGAUGGAAGGCGAGUCUGUGAAUCUGACCUGCAUAAACAGCUGUGACGACAUCAACGUUUCAUCUGCUUUCACCUGGUUUAAGAAUGGAGAACCCAUACGUGAAGGACCUGUGCUUUAUUUGAGAAACAUGUCUUCUACAAGCUCUGGAAACUACACUUGCUCGCUAAAGAAACACACAGGAACAACUUCAAGAGUCUUAAAUAUCGAUGUUCAAUAUGGCCCAAAGAACACAUCAGUGUCUAUCAGACCAUCGCCAGAGGUAGACGCCGGUAGCAACGUCACCCUGAUCUGCAGCAGCCAUGCAAACCCCCCAGUGGAGAAUUAUACUUGGUUUAAAAUACAUGAUGAUGAUGAUGAUGAUAUUAUGACUGUUGGCCAUGAGCCUCUCUUCUUUCCUGGUAAUGGUGGCCAGUAUUUAUGCAGCGCCACCAACACACAUGGAAGUCAAAACUCCUCUGUUGUGACGUUAAAGAUGAAAGUAUUUUGGGCAACAGCUACCAGAGACAUACUUAUCAUUGCUAUUGUUGCUGUGUUUCUCAUUGUGACCACUGCUGUCAUAAGGCUCAACAAAAAAAUGACGUGGGCACCGACGACCGACUGUGAGGAGGACAUACAGAAUACAGACUACGUCAACUGGCUCAUUUGUUACGAUAACCAACGGGAGGCAAAUCAGUGUGAAGGCAGAACAACAGAACUCAUCUAUACUUCUGUUUACUUCAAAACCAACAGAGAAUCAAACAUGGAGCAGCGGUUUCACUCCCAUAAUGACGAUGAUGAAGGUGUGGUUUACAGCACAGUGUGCAGGAACCAACAGUUGAACCCUACAAGUAUCACAACAAACAUUUGUAAUUUCUUGUUUUUAUUUUCUUCUCUGUCAACACAGAAGGUACAAAUAAAAGAAAAGAAAAAUGCAAUAGAAAAUUAAGAAACUGGGUUUUGUAACAUGUGGAAUAAAGUGUGCCAUUAGCCUCAACUCUUUAUAUUCAACUCAUAUUAUCUUAUGUUAUCUAGAUCUAUAAAGGUGAGGCACAUGCUGGUAUCAAAUUGUAAACUAAUGGGGAAUUUAGUUGAACA